UAGCGCUCUCGCAAACAUGGUGAACGUUCCUAAAACCCGCCGGACUUUCUGCAAGAAGUGUGGCAAGCACCAGCCCCACAAAGUGACACAGUACAAGAAGGGCAAAGAUUCUCUUUAUGCCCAGGGAAAGCGGCGUUAUGACAGGAAGCAGAGUGGCUAUGGCGGGCAGACUAAGCCGAUUUUCCUGAAAAAGGUUAAAACUACAAAGAAGAUUGUGCUGAGGCUUGAAUGUGUUGAGCCCAAUUGCAGAUCUAAGAGAAUGCUGGCUAUUAAGAGAUGCAAACAUUUUGAACUGGGAGGAGAUAAGAAGAGAAAGGGCCAAGUGAUCCAGUUCUAA